AUGUUUCGCCGGUUUCGGCUCAGUAUACGCUCGGUGUUCGCCACACCCCCCUGGGUCGUUUUGUGCGCCGGGGGGGCGCCGACGAGGGGGAUGGAUACCUAUUCAGCAAGGGCGAACACGAUCUUCUGCACCUUUUGCACGGUGCUGGGCACCACGGCAGUCUUGAGCCAUCUGUCGACCUUUUUGCCCAUGGAUCAGUUUGAUGUGCGCACCUCUGGAAAUGUGCAGCUCAAUAUGGUGCACGACCUGAUUCCGAACUCGCACCUCAAUAGCGAUCAGAGUUUUCUCUCCUUCCACCUGAACCACAAUCUUUCGCAGGAGUUUCACUGGAAUAUGAACCAGUUGUUUCUGUACUUAGUGGUCACCUACAAUGACACUGCGUCCAACAUGAGGAACGAGGUCACUGUCUACGACAAGAUCAUCAGAAGUCCUGAAGCAGCUCGUUUCAAACAGAGGAACCUGAUGAACGAGUAUCCUUUGAGAGAUCAAUUCAGAGAGCUUCGUGACCAGAAGGCGCCAGUCUGCCAGUCCUUUACCGGUUGA